AUGCAGUUGAAUCCCCUUCUUCAAUUUUGGGGCUUUAAUUGGUUCCCUGCAGUUUUACUGCUGGUCCCGAUAACCGGCGGACAUAAUGUUUCGGACAAAGGAGCUAACACGGACGUUUUCUGUGCCAGAAGACUAGUUGGCUUUCGGGCUAAGCCCGCUCCAAAGGGCGUGGGAGAGCCUAAGACUUGGGCCAGUCCCCGGGUCCCCAGGCCAGGGCUUAGUAUAGUAGGGAGGCACCUGACAGAUGCCAAAGGUCUUCGGCUCCAUGACUUGUUUAAUACGGGAGCAUUUGUUUUUUUUCCCCCCUUUUGUCACAGGCAGUAUAUCGCCAGGACUGGGAAGAUCCAUUAUGUUGAAACCGGCGGACAGGAAGAUCUACUAUUUUAUGCAUAUGAGAAACCAGUCAUUCUUAAGCAUCCGUGUCGCUACCAGAUUGCUUUGUUUUUAGGAAAGACAGUUUUUUUAACUACAGAUACUUUUGAAAGUAGCCUAAAGCCACUCUUUGCUCCUAAACACUUACAGGGAAGGUUUGUUUUUGCAAAUUUCCCAGAGCAAGAAAAUUGGGGGCUGCCUUUUCCCAUGGAUGACUCUUAUAAAAUCAUAAAUCUUCCAGGUUUAAAAGGCUUUUUGAUUUUCUGGAAUGACAAUAAUAUACAGUUUUCACAUAACAGUGGUCAGCUUGUUGGAAGUAUUGCUGUUAAAAAGAAUAUGCAGUUUUUGCAUAAUUCCAUUGCACAGAUGAGAGUGAAGAUCUAUAAUGUUGCUUCCCAUGAUAAUGAAUUGGCAAUUUUAACUGAAAAUGGGAGAUUUUUUUAUGGCACUCUGGGAUUGCUAUCAACUUCUAUAUUUGAAGUUACGCCAGAAGAUAUUUCAAUAAAUAAUACAGCUUUGAUGUUUAGGAAUGUUGGAUUCAUUUUUGUGGUAACUCCAAUUCAAGAUCCAGUUUUUCAGGCCUAUGAUUUCCAUGUAUGUAUCAUUAACAUACAGAAGUUGCUCUAUCAAUCUGAGAUUGGCUUAAAAACUUGCAAGGCAGAAGUUUUGCAAGGAAAUUUCGAUAAAAAAAUGCAUAUCCUGGAUAUGGGUGAUACCCUGUACUUGUAUGGUGUGAUGGUACCCCAACCAACCCAAUCUCCGAUCCCAAUAAUAACCGUCAGUAAUCCCCAUUCUCUUGGAAUCAAACUAAAAAUGUAUGAAGAUGGCUAUACCUAUGAUGGAAACAUACAAUUUAAAAUAAACAUUACCCUGAUGCAGCAGUACCUCUCAGGCAAGGCUCAUGACAGCUUCAUUUCCAACAUAAAGGUACCCAGUUUAUCCACCAUCACUCUGGAUUUAAUUGACAGAGGACUGUCCUGUAUUGACUUACAACCUCCGACGGGUCUCAUUUCCAUCGGUUGUAAUUGGGCUAAAAGGAUCAUCGUCCGCAACUCUUUAAAUGCAUGUUCCAAAGACAUACUGACACCAGUGGAGCUGCAGCAGAAUUAUACCUACCUCCUUGAAAAGGAAACGUAUGACCCUUCUUUCAAUAGCCGAUCACGGAAUGACAUUCCAGACCAGAGUAUAAUGUAUGAUUAUGAGGAGCUGGGCUGUCCGCAGCUGGUCUAUUUCAACAAUCCAUGGAAACCAGUGAUCGAAUUGUGGGAAGGAUCACAGUUUGUGGAAGUUGUUACUACAGAAUUUGUCCUGAUUGAGAAAAAUGGAAUACAUACUUAUAACUACUCCGUAAAUGUUGGACAGGCUGCUUGCAAGUCACAAGCUCAGAACUGGACCACCGUCAUGGAUGCUUCUGCUACAAAAAAUUUUCAAGCGUGGACGAGAGAUAUUUAUGUCACCUGCCAUGAACUGAAUGCCAGUAUUCCAUUGUUAUGGCCUCACCUUGAAUAUCAGAUUCUUGGAGGCAGAACAGAUAAUAGUAUCAUUUUUCAUGAAAGAAAUGGAUUUUACAUUUUUUCUCUUACCAUCGUGGAUCCAUUUUACAGCUACUGUGACCUGACCACCUCAUUUGCUAUUUACGUCUACGGUGCUUUCCCCCAAAGGGUUCUACCUGACUAUCCACUCGCCUCACUCACGAUGUUCGGCAUGUUGUUUAUGCUCUGGCUUGGAUACGUCCUUCCAAAGCUGUCAUCAACGGAGAAGGGAAAAGUCAUCGUAGGCUUUUUCCAGCAAUUAUGGAGGCCAUCCGUCAAAAAGGAAAAAAGGAGGAAACCUGCCCAUCACUAA